UGAAGUGUGCGCGGCGGGAGCGGGCAGGACCGGAGCCGGAGUCGGGCGGCCAGAGGCGCGCCGCCGCCCGUGGACACCCGCAGCACUGCAGACUGCCAGCCGGAGGUCGGCCCGGGCGGCGACACCAUGCGGGGCCUGCUGCUGGCGCUGCUGCUGGGUGCCGCCGGCGGCCAGCAGGCGCCCUGCCGCUCCCUGCCCGACCCCAUCGACCUGCCCUGCCUCUGCGCGCGCAACGCCGAAAACGGCACCGACAUUGUGUGCGACAACGUGGUGUUCCAGGGUGACUUCCCGCUGCUGCCGUUUCGCGCGGCCAUCCACAGCUUCAGUCAGCGCAACGUCGGCUACCAGCGGCUGCCGGCGCAGGUGUUCACCGCCGCCAGCGUGCCGCUGCGCAAGCUCGACUUCUCGCGCAAUGUGCUCAACCAGCUCACGGGCCGGCUGCUCGACGGGCUGGAGGACACGCUCGAGGAGGUCUACCUCGGCUUCAACCAGCUGGGCGACCAGCUCAACCCCAUCUUCUCGACGUCCGAGUUCCGCGGCCUGACGCGGCUCAAAAUCCUCGACCUGCGCAGCAACGGCAUCAAGGUCAUCGACGAGGGCAUCCUGGACGGCUGCGAGGAGCUGCAGGUGCUGCGCCUCGAGGGCAACCAGCUGGAGACGGUGCCGAGCGGUGCGCUGGCCGGGCCGCGCGCGCUCACCGUACUCACGCUGCAGGACAACCACAUAGACCAGGUGCAGACGGACGCAUUCCUCGAACAGCCAGCGCUGCGCUUCCUCAAUAUCUCCUCCAACCGCAUCCGGAAGUUCCAGUUCGGCGCCUUCACCGGACUGGCACAGCUGAAGCGGCUCUACCUGGCCUACAACAAGCUGCAGCAGCUCGGCGAUAGCGACCUGGCUGGUCUCCAGGACCUCGAACAUCUUGACAUCAGCAACAACUUCCUGACGUCAAUACCUUCGAACGCACUCCGGCGGCUGACGCAGCUGAAGACGCUGAUCUUACACUCCAACCUCAUUCAGGGGAUCGAGGCCCAGCAGCUGACGCCGCUGGCCAGUCUGGAGGUGCUCGACCUGACGCGCAACAACAUCGCCAACCUGGCCGCCGGCACGUUCGAGCCGCUGGUCAACCUGCGCGAGCUGCGGCUCGGCGUCAACAUGAUCCGGCAGGGCGACGACGGCUUCCAGGAGACGUUCCGCGGCCUGGACCGACUGGAGACGCUCAACCUAGACGACAACGGGCUGCUGUACGUGCCGCACGCGGCACUGCGCCGGCUGACCGGCCUGCGGCGGCUCUCACUCGAUCACAACCGCAUCGGCGUGAUCGCGCGCGACAAGCUGUCGGGCAUCUCCGGCCUGGAGGAGCUGUCGCUGGCCUACAACGUGAUUCGCGAGCUGCCGGCCGGCACGUUCCAGGAGUUCGGUCGGCUGCGGCGACUCAGUCUGCGCGGCAACCAGGUGCCGGCGGUCAGCCAGGACGUCAUGGCCGGCGUGGACGCAACCCUGGAGGAGCUGGACCUCGGCCUCAACCGCAUCAGCCGCCUGCAGCGCGUCAGCUUCCCGAAGCUGCGCAAGCUCAGCCUGGAGGGAAACCAGAUCAGCGACGUGGACGACGACGCGUUCGAGCUGGUCGACAAGGUGCAGGAGUUGGACCUGAGCGACAACCGGCUGGAGAGCGUGCCGGAGCGCCUGCUGCAGAACCUGACGCAGAUAUCCAACCUCGAUCUCAGCAACAACCGGAUAGAGGCCGUCCAGUCCACCGCAUUCUCGGAAACAAACAUCAACGUCAUUCAGCUGCAGAACAACCGGAUUCAAGAGGUGCCGGAACAGGCGUUCGUCAACCUGCCGUUUCUCCACACGCUCGACCUCAGCGGCAACAACAUAUCGCUGGUGCGCAACGGCGCAUUUAGUGGAGUGCCCUUCCUGCACAUCCUCAAGCUGGACUCGAACCGGCUGGCCACGUUCAAGGCCGACUUCUUUAACAUCACGUCCGACGGGACCGAGCUGAGGAUCCUCGAUCUCAGCAAGAACGAGAUCACAUUCCUUUACCCGGCAGCGUUCAAGAUUCACUCAAACCUGCGCUGGCUGAACCUGGGCGACAACAAGCUGGAGUUCUUCCCGGCUGAGCUACUGGCGGACGCCACUAAGCUCGAAUAUCUCGACCUCGAGGCCAACAACAUCGAGUCGAUAUCGAGCAGCGACUACGCCAACAUGCCGCACCUCCGCCAGCUGAUCCUCAAGGGCAACAACAUGACCAGCAUCAACCAGACGGCGUUCCAGAACUCCACGCAGCUUCAGUUCAUCGACCUCAGCCACAACAACCUGACGGAGCUGCACGAAGACACGUUCAGCGGUCUGGUGCGCCUGGCGCUCGAGCUGAACGACAAUCAGCUCUCGGCGCUUCCUGACGACAUUUUCACCCGUCUGAAGCUGCAGAUGCUGCAGAAGAUCAACCUCGCCAACAACCAGUUCGAGGAGAUGCCGCUGGAUGCCCUCCGCAAGCAGUUUAUCUUCCUGGACGACGUCAACAUGUCGGGGAACCGGAUUCGCUCGAUCCCGCCCAAGGAGGACAUUCUUGCCAACGUCAAGAUCCUUGAUUUGUCCUUCAACCCGCUGACGCCCGACUCCAUAGAGAUUCUGAUGAACGAACCGAAGGCCGCCCGCGAGCUCCACCUGGCCGGCACGGGCGUCACCGCCAUCCCCGUGCUUGAGACGCCCUACCUGCGCAAGCUCAACCUCUCCGGCAAUGCCGUGCAGAAAAUAUCCGAGAACCUGUUUGAGCGGCCAAGCCUGCUGCAGUCCAUCGACCUCUCUUUCAACCAGAUCCCGAACCUGAGCUUCGGCCUGGCCACUGUGUGGCCACGACUGCGCUUCGUCCGCGAGCUGGACGUAUCCGGCAACCCCAUCUCGUACGUCAUCCGCGGUGACUUCACCUACCUCAACAACCUGGAGGUACUGCGCAUGACGCACCUCGACAAGUGCUCGCGCAUCGAGAAGACCGCCUUCCAGAGCCUGCCGAGCCUCCGCGAGCUACAGCUGCACUCGUACCCAGGCGUCACCAACCUCGACAUUAAGGGCAUCCUGGAGAAGCUGAACACUCUGGAGGCGCUGGACGUGGAGGUGAAGGAGCCGGUGCUGCAGGACCAGCUACACCCAUCCUUCUUUCCGCGCCUGCGCCGGCUGGGCGUGCACGGCCGUGCCGUGCGUAGCAUCUCUACGGGCGCGCUGGCCGGCCUCAGCAGUCCGCGCGUGCUCCUCCUCUUCAGCAACACCUCCAUCGGUGGCAUCCCCACCAAGGUGCUGCUGCCCGUGCCGCUCUCAACGACCGUCGAGCUGGACGUGACCGACAGCCGGCUGACCAGCGUCGGCCCGCAGCUGCUCAGUCAGUUGGACGACCGGCAGCGCAGCCUCUCCCUCCGCGGCCUCCCAAGCAACCCCAUCUACUGCGACUGCAACGCCGCUCCCCUCAGGCGCUGGCUGCUGGCUAAGCGCCAGGACGGCACAAUGGCUGACGCCUUCAGCGACAUCCGGUGCCAGGCGCCUGCGGAGCUGGCCGGCCGGCUGCUGGUGGAGUUGGCUGAGUCCCGGCUGACGUGCUCUGGUCGGGAGACCACCACCACCACCGAGAUCGCGUUCACCACUCGGCGGACCACCACCACCGCCCAGCCGGACAUCAUCUGGACGCUGCCGCCGCGCCGGCCGGCGCAGGAGACAGAGCCCGGCGCCGAGCGGGACGAGGCCGAAGCUGACACGGCCAAGCAGGCGGGUGUCAACAACAUGGACGCCCUCAUCAUUGGCAUCGUCGGAGGCGUGGUGGCGCUCAUCAUCCUGGUGAUCGUGUGCGUGUGCGUCUGCCGGCUGUGCUGUUUCUGGCGCUGGGACUCGAGCCGCGAGUACCAGGGCGGCCCGCUGGCCGGUCCGCUGGCCCUGCGCGGCCAGGGCGGCUGCACCUGCCUCAAGCCCGGCCCGCCGCAGUGGAAUUACCUCGGCUACCCCAGCUACCCGAUGCUGGGGCCGCCGCCGCCGCCGGCGCCCUCCAGUCGCAACGGCACGCUGGUGUCGGCCAAGAUGCUAGGGCCGCCGCCGCCCGGCUCGUACGUGGUGCAGAAUGGCAUGUACGGCACGCUGAGCACACUGGGCGGCGGCGGCGGUGGCGGCGGCGGCGGCGGGCCCGGCUCGGCGCGCGGCUUCUACCCCAACACGCCCUACUACGUCACCUUCCCGCCCGAGUCGGACAACGACCAGCGGUGAGAGUGCGGCCGGCCGGCGGCGACGCCAGCCCACAGAGCGCCGGAACACUAGCGCUGGCGGCGCGUUGCGCGCUCGCCUCCCAGCCGAGUGUCCGCGUCAAGACGAUCCGUGCUGAGGCUCGGGCGAGCGCGUGCGGGGUUCGAGUGUGCGCGAGCGGUCUGCGCGGAGAGCUGGUGUCAGUGAGCGCGCGCCUGGAUGGCGCGCCGCGGCCGCACGUACCCAGUGAAGCGGCGGCGUGUGCUCUCGCGCCGGCGUCGGACGCUUUCGCCGUCGGACAUUUGUGACGCGCUCCCGCCGCAGUGCUGUGCCGUGUGACGAGAGCCAGAGCGCCGCGCCCCUCCAGGCGCCGCGCCAC